CGCCCCCGGAAGCGGCGCCCGGGUUCCGAAAGCGCGCGCGCGGAACGCGGGCUGGAAGAGCAGGGACCGGAGAACCCGGGAGCGGAGCCCGGGUCUGGGGCUCUCCAGGGGACCAUGGGCACUUCCAGGCUCUACACCUUGGUGCUGGUGCUGCAGCCUCAGCGAGUGCUCCUGGGCAUGAAGAAGAGAGGCUUCGGGGUCGGCCGCUGGAAUGGCUUCGGGGGCAAAGUUCAAGACGGAGAGACCAUCGAGGACGGGGCCAAAAGGGAGCUACAGGAGGAGAGCGGUCUGACUGUGAACACGCUUCACAAGGUGGGCCACAUCAUGUUUGAGUUCGUGGGUGAGCCUGAGCUGAUGGACGUGCACAUUUUCUGCACAGAGAGUGUCCAGGGGACACCUAUGGAAAGCGACGUGACACAGCUGGGAGGACUGAACCCUAGAGCACGUCCAGUUCCUCACACAGAUGUGCGUGGCGAUCACUCACUGACGUUGCGAUUGCAGCCCAGGUGGAACAUGCGUGCUCUCUCCUUUCCACCCGCUACAGAAAUGCGCCCUCAGUGGUUCCAGCUAGACCAGAUCCCCUUUGCGGACAUGUGGCCCGAUGACAGCUACUGGUUUCCCCUUCUGCUUCAGAAGAAGAAAUUCCAGGGGUACUUCAAGUUCCAGGGUCCCAACACCAUCCUGGACUACACGCUCCGUGAGGUGGACGAGCUGUAAAGGCAGGAGAACCCUGACCCCUGCGGGCUGCAGGACUCUCAUGCCCCCUCACUGAGCCCCAAGGCAGGGGUGGGGUGAGGUGGGCGGAGGUGAAAAUAAAGACCCUUUGCCUUUUCCACA